AUGCGAAGCUCUUCUUUGCUUUUUCCGGCGACGGCGCUGGCUUCUAGCUCUCCGGACUGGUCGACGGCGCGUUGGUCCAAGUGCUCCGCUCCUUGCGGGAUCGGAAUUCAAACGACUGAAGUCGGCGGAGAAAGCUUCAACCGAGUUUGCAACGUCGAGUCUUGCUCAAUCUACGAUGAAGGGAGUUCUGCCCAGUUCCUGCCCGAUCCGAAAAUGGAUCUUCCAACGUCUUCCUCGACCUGGAGAAGCACCGGGGGCAGCAUCGUCGCCGUCACCGAAGCCUACGACGGAACCGAUUGCCGAGCCCAGUCAGCGCUCGUCGAUCACGACCAAGAACUCUUUGUCGCCAAGUUUUUCAUCAAACUCGUCGGCGAGCACGGCGUCUUUGGCGUCAUGCCCCAAGUGGUCGUCACAUUCGCCAGCGGCGCGUCGAAAAUUUAUCUCAACUUUGGCGAGCAAUCGGUCUCCGCCGAAGAUGGACUCGACAACGAGUGGUUCGAGAUCGCCCAGACGAGGUUGAUGACGGCCGCUUCCGAUCACGGGAUCACUGCCGAGCAGGCAGCGGACGAGAGUUUCAUGACUUGCCGCUUCGCCGCAGUCGUGCGAGACCCGGCAAUCACCUAUCUCGCCGACCAGGCGUAUUUAACCACCGAAAGCAAUUUGGCCUCGAUGGUGCCCAAAGAAGAUCUGCUCUUCAACGGCGACUUCGAAAUCGCAACCGACAACGGCCUCUUCCCCAUCGGCCCUGGCUGGCAGUCGCAAAGCAACGCAGUCCUAGAGACCGUUUACGACAACGACGCUCCUUCCGGAAAAGCGUAUCUGCGCGCGAGAGAUCGUCAAAGCACCGAUUCUGGAAUUUACCAGUUGUUGGAUUUGGACGAGUUCGACCGGAGCCGCCCCGUCGAGUUCCGAUUCUGGGGCAAGUUUUCGGAAGAAAGCCAGGCGCGAGCGAUCAUGGAGGACGACGGAUGGAACAAGCUCUCGCUCAACUUGGUGGUCGAUUACAUCACCGACGGAGUCGCCGAUUCCUACUCGAUGUUCUGCACUUCCGGCUGCGUCAUUCCGGACAAUCAGUGGCGCCAGUACGCCGGCAUUUGCGGCUUGGACGAGUGGCUGAUCUCCACCCCCGCCACCGUGAUCGACCAGAUCACCGAAGUCAAGGUAAAAAUCAACGGCGCCGAGCCAGGAACGAUCAUGGACUUGGACAACAUUCGCGCGGCCCCGUAUGUUCGAAAAGAAGAGUGGAAAGCCGGCGCGAAUCUGAGAAUCGACGAGUUCAGGAAAAACAAUGUCGACAUUGACGUCCUCGGAUUUCCGGAUGGAAGCAGAAUCAGCUUCGAGCAGCUGAGCUACGAAUACCCCUGGGGAUCGAAGUGGAACUGGGAGUGCGAAGAAGUCGUGCCAGAUUACAAGAACUACUUCCCUUGGUACUUCAACUACGGAUUCAUCACCAACGAGAUGAAGUGGCAGGCGGUCGAGAGGAUCAAGGGAGUAAGAGAUUACACAAAAGGAAGGGACGCGCGAUUUUUUCUUGAAAUUCUUGUUUUUAUUUCUUUUUUGUCAAGCUCGGUACUAUCGGUAGGGUCGUUAAUUUGA